AUGGCUGAUGUGCUUCUCUCAGCCUUGCUACCGGUGGUGAUGAAGAAGGCAGCCGACCGUCUUCUCCAACAGUUUGGAGUGAUAUGGGGCAUGGAAGAGAAGCUAGAAAAGCUGGAAAGAACACUAUCGGCAAUCCUGUCCGUACUUGGGGAUGCAGAGCAGCGGCAAGUCAAGGAUCCAGCUGUGAAGAGGUGGUUGGCAGCGCUGAAGGAUGCAGUCUACGAAGCAGACGACAUGUCAAAAAGGGUGCGCAGCUUCUUUUCUGUUCACAAUCCAGUUUGGUUUCGCUUUAAGAUGGGGCAGAAGUUGAAAGAAAUUGUCCAGAAAAUAGAUGAAAUCGCAGCUGAGAGAAUUAGAUUUGGUUUCACGGUCACAACCCAACCACAAAACAGGGAUAGGCCACAAAGCCACUCCUAUAUUGAUGAGUCAAAUGUCAUUGGUAGGGAGAAAGAUAAAGAAAAAAUAGUGAAGUUGUUACUUGAUCAUGAUCGCAACCAGAAUGUUGCCGUCCUCCCCAUAGUUGGUAUGGGUGGACUGGGUAAGACCACACUGGCCCAAUUCGUUUACAGAGAUAAGAGGGUGGAGAAGCAUUUCCAACCGCUCAUAUGGGUCUGUGUGUCCGACGAGUUCGAUAUUGCGAAACUUGCUAGAGCAAUAAUAGCUUCAGCCACAGGAACGGAGUGUCAGGAAUCAAACAUGGAGUUGUUACAACGCCGCCUUCGAGAAGUUGUAAGUGGAAAAAGGUACUUACUUGUAUUAGAUGAUGUUUGGAACGAGGAUCAGGCAAAGUGGGAUGAGUUAAAAACUUUACUAGGAACCGGUGGAGAAGGGAGCAGGAUCAUUGUGACCGCACGAAAUGAGCAGGUAUCAUCGAUAAUGGGCACACUCGAUGCGUAUCUUUUAAAAGGUUUGACUGAGGAUGAUUCUUGGACAUUGUUUAGGAAGAGAGCAUUUGAAGAGGGAGCAGAGGAGCAUCAAAAUCUGGUAAGCAUAGGCAAGGAGAUUGUCAAGAAAUGUGGUGGGUUGCCUCUAGCAGUGAAGGCAUUGGGGAGCUUAAUGCAUUCCAAGAGUCAGAAAAAGGAAUGGUUGUCUGUGAGGGACAGCGAGAUUUGGGAUAUGCAGGUUGGUGAAGAUGGGAUCUUACCCGCACUAAGGUUGAGCUACAGUCAUUUGCCUUCCCAUUUAAAACAAUGCUUUGCUUUUUUUGUGCCAUAUUUCCGAAGGAUUAUGAGAUAGAAAAGGAUCUGUUGAUUCAACUAUGGAUGGCCAAUGGAUUCAUUGCAUCUGGUGGAAGAAAGGAGUUGGAGGACAAGGGGCAUGAGAUUUUUAAUGAGUUGGCUUCAAGAUCUUUC